AUGGCAGUGGCUUGCAUCAAUUGAUUUGUAACACCUUACGGAAUAUCUUUCUACCCUAACCACUUUGAAAAUGCGAUUAUUCUGAUGUUAAUAAUAAUAAUAGAUAUUUUAUUUAGGAUUGAUAUUUUUGUGAGCUUUCAAACAUCAUUCAUACAACCUGAAACUGGCAUUGAGGUAUUCCAUUAGAGAAAGGUCACCAUUAAUGAUCUCAAAGGUCAAUUUAUUAUUGGUAAGAUUUGAGUAGUGCAACUGGGAUACUUAUCACUUAUCUUCUCAGAAAAUGAUAAUUAUGUUCUUUGGCUCAAAAUUAUUGACUUUACUAAACUUACUCAGAUUUCCAGACUCCGUGUAAUUGUUACUCAUCUAAAAUAGAAGAACGAAGUCACAAACGUUGCUAGGAUACUCAAGCUAGUGUUCUUUAUAUUCCCAUUUACCUGUUAACUAGGUUGUGCUUGAUAUAAGAUUGCAGAUUAACAAAAAUAUGAAUCCCCUCUUGACUUCCUUUAUCUCUCAACAAAUUUUUAUGACCAAGGCGCUUUCUUCAGGUACAUUUCUUAGAUUUACCAUACAUUCCUAAUCAUUGGAGAAAACGACAUUGGAGUCAGGAAUCAAUCCCGGAUGGCUUUGUCUCAUGAUGUUGUUUGUCUG